AUAUUUUGACAGUUAACAUAACCUCGCUUCUAAAAUAUUUAUUUUCGUAUAGGAUUUCCAACUAGAAUUUUCUUUCUAUUUUUAAACUUUAGUUCUAAAUUAAUUCCGAUCAAUUUCUGGAAUACUUUAGAACGUAACUGACAUAUAAGUCCAUGCGAAUUGCAUUCAGAAGUUCUUAGUUUUGUGGAAAAUAUACAAAAUGGGCACAGCUGAUAUCGAAAACUCGGAAAAAUAUAAAGAGCAAGGUAAUGAGGCCUUCAAAAAUGGCAAUUGGGACGAAGCUUUAGCAUUAUAUACUAAAGCAAUACACCUCGUUAAUGAGGAAGGGAAGGAUUUGGCCACUUACUAUAAAAAUAGGGCCGCAACACAUCUUAAACUUGAGAAUUAUGAAGAGGCAGUUACGGAUUGUGACAAAUGUUUGAAAAUAACUCCCUCAGACCCAAAGGCUCUCUAUCGACGCUGCCAAGCAUUAGAGAAACUGGAGAGAUUCGAAGAAGCUUACAGGGAUGCUACACAUAUAUUCAGAGAUGAUCCUAAUAAUAAAUUGAUUCAACCAACACUUGAACGAUUGUACAGGGUAGUUCAAGAGAGGGAAAGAAGAAAUGCUCAAACAAGUACCAAACUAGAAAGCAUGAUAAAAAUCGCAUUUGAAUUCACAGAAAAUAUUGAAAAACGCGAAACCGCUAUGAAAAACUUAUUGGUAUUGGCAAGAGAAGGAGCCGGUUCUGAAAUAAUGGUGAAAUCAUCUGUUAUACAACAAAUUAGAAGACUGUUGAAAGUUGAGAAGAACGAAGAAAUUCAAAUAACAGCAAUAAGAAUAAUUGGAGAACUUUUCAAGCAUUCCCCGGAAAAAACCAAGAAAGUUCUCCAAGAUUUAGGUUUACCUUGGUUUCUCGAAACACUCGAUUCCACGAAUAAAGAGCAAGUAAAUGCGGUACAAUAUUGCCUUCAAGCAACUUUGAAUUCCUUUUCUGGAAUGAAGAACAAAUCGGACUCUAAACCAGAUAAGGAAUUGAUCAAGAAACACGAAACGGAAAUAAAUUCAAUACUAGCAUUUUUGAUAAACAACAUUACAAACGCAAUAAUAAGCGGAUUAGCAAGAGAUGCAAUUAUAGAACUACUCAUAAGAAAUGUGCAUUAUACUGCUUUGGAUUGGGCUAUGCAACUUGUCGACCAAGGGGGGGUUGAGAAAUUGCUGCAAUGUACGGGUGAACUGGAGGAAUUCAAGUAUGAAAGUUCCAUGAAUAUAACAUCGUCAACAAGUACCAUAGCUGCAAUGUGUCUACAGCGAGUCUACGAAAACAUGUAUUAUGACAGCGCAAAAGAGAAAUUUAUGGGCAAAAUAGAAAACUACGUAAAGGAGAAACUGCUUAGUCCAGAUAUAGAAUCGAAAGUCAGGGUUGUUGCAACCAUAACUAGUUUAUUAAGGGGUCCUCUUGAUGUUGGAAAUGCAAUUGUAGGAAAAGAAGGAAUAAUGCAGAUGAUUUUGGUUAUGGCCAAUACCGAAGAUGUUUUACAACAAAGGGUUGCUUGCGAAUGUAUCAUUGCAACAGCCAGUAGGGCAGACAAAGCGAAGGCUAUAAUAGCACAAGGUGUUGACAUUUUGAAGAAGUUGUACACUUCGAAAGACGAAGGAGUUAGAUUGAGGGCACUAGUGGGUUUAUGUAAACUCGGUAGUUCAGCUGGUACUGACGCUUCAUUGAGGCCUUUUGCCGAAGGCUCCAACGUGAAAUUAGCUGAAGCUUGUAGAAGGUUCAUGUUGAGACCGGGAAAAGACUUGUCCUUCAGAAAAUGGGCAACCGAAGGAUUAGCUUACUUGACACUGGACGCGGAGGUCAAGGAGAAACUGAUAGAAGACACAGCCUGCAUCCGUGCAAUGAUCGAACUAGCCAGAUCAGGCGACGAAUCUUGCUUAUAUGGAGUGAUCACUACUUUGAUGAAUCUCAUCAACGCGUACGAAGAACAAGAGGUCCUUCCGGAAAUGGUGGAACUGGCCAAGUUCGCCAAACAGCACAUUCCAGAGAAACACGAACUGGACGAUCCUGAUUUCAUCACCAAGAGGAUCAUAGUCUUGGGAAAAGAGGGUAUAACCUCGGCCCUUGUAGCCCUUUCGAAAACCGAGAGCGAACACUCCAGAGAAUCCAUUUCGAGAGUGUUCAACGCCCUGUGUAGCGAACAAGAAUUGAGGGGCAUAGUUGUAGCCCAAGGGGGGGUUAAAGCACUGAUGUCGUUGGCCUCUAGGGGCACCGAAAAGGGUAAAGUUCAAGCCUGUCAGGCUCUGGCCAGGAUAGGUAUAACGAUAGACCCAGAGGUGGCUUUCCCAGGCCAGAGAUGUCUGGAGGUCAUAAGACCGCUGAUCCAACUCCUACACCCUGAUCGAAGCGGCCUGGAAAAUUUCGAGGCACUCAUGGCGUUGUGCAACUUGGCACAGGUGAGUGAAAGCGCCAGACAAAAAAUCCUGAAGGAAGGUGGACUCUCCAGGAUCGACCAUUACCUCUUCGAGGAACAUCAGUACCUUUGCAGAGCUGCCACCCAAUGUAUGACCAACAUGGCCAUGUCCCCAGACGUGGUCAAGAUCUACGAAGGUCCCAACGACAAAAUAAAAAUGAUGGUAUCCCUGGCGAUGGACGAAGACGUCGACACUUCCAUGGCCGCCUCUGGAUGCCUGGCCAUAUUGACCGGUAGCAGCAAGACAGUCUGCGGCAAGAUUUUCGAAUCGCAGAACUGGCUGGAUUGCUUGCAGAUGCUGCUGGCCAAUCCUAAACCGAGCAUCCAGUACCGGGGACUCUGCGUCGUCUCAAACGUUGUGGAUAGCUCGAAGGAAAACGCGGAAAAGCUGAUCUCGACCAAUGUUAUGGAAAUUCUGAUGGCUUUGUCUAAAUUGCCCGAGGAAACCCACCCCAAAGUGGCCAAUACUGCUGAAGAGAUUCUCAAGGCUGCAGAAAAAUUGGGCGUCAUCAAAAGGCCGGGACAAGAUGACGAAUGAGACUUUUAACUGUGUGGAAUAUUUUAUACGAGAUAUAAAUUUUAUAUCAGUUGUGUAUUGAUUGAGUACUUAAUAUUUAUUGUUUAAAUGAUUGAGAAUUAAUUAAAAUCUUGUUGAAA